UUCAAGUCAAUAGGAAUUCUACGUUACUCCGCAUCGAUCUUUUUAAGUAGGCUAACUUCGUGUCCUAAAGUGAGCUUUACAUAGCCUUGCCUUCCUAGAGCUUGAUCCAGGACAGUCGCUUUUUAAACGUAGGCGCUUAACAUGUCUGGGCAUCGUCUUGGGCUGGGACUGCUCGCUGCAAGUUGGCAGAAAGCGUCAGCGCCAUCAUCACUGCAGAGGGCGACGGCAAUCGCUCUUCCUGCUGAGUUGGCAUCUUGCCCCUCCGCCAGCGCCUCCUCAUCAACAAGAUGCUACUCAAAUGCAGCGAAGCUGCCAGAUACCAGUUCCAGCCAACCUACUGACUCGUUCGUCUCUCCCAGCACAGCCAGCACCACCUCUAGCCACGUUAGCGCCAGCUGUGGCCAUGGAUGCACCCACUCCACCCUCACCCGCGCACACGUGUUACCCUCUCCCUUAUCCACCAACUCCUCACACCACCAGCGCCACACCAACCCCCGUCUCCACCUCAUACGCACCACCUCCACCUCCGCCACCCCAUCCUCCUCCUCCUCCUCUCCUGCCACCGCCCGGGGCGCCUCUGUGGACCCACGCGAAGCCGCCAAGUUCGCGGCCCUCGCUGCCAGUUGGUGGUGUACGACAGAGGGCCCCUUUGCGCCGCUGCAUGCGCUAAACCCCGCACGUGUCAAGUAUGUACGACAGAGCCUGGCGGCGGCUAUGGGACUAGAUGUGGGGGCGCCGGAGCCGCUGGCAGGUCUGCGGCUGCUGGAUGUGGGGUGCGGCGGCGGCAUCCUGUCGGAGGCGCUAGCCCGGCUGGGGGCGGAGGUGCACGGCAUCGACGUGACGCGGGAAAACGUGGAGGCAGCGCGGCUCCAUGCGGGGACUGACCCGCGGGUCUUCAGCAGGGUCAGGUACGACGUGAUCUCCGCGGAGGAUCUGGCGGCAUCCGGUACAGCAAUGUACGACGCGGUCAUUGCGAGUGAGGUUCUGGAGCACGUGAGCAAGCCGCACCAGCUGAUGCCCGUGCUGGCUUCACUGGUAGCGGAGGGCGGAGCGCUGCUGGUGUCAACCAUCAACAGGACGCCGGCCGCCUGGGCUGUUGCGGUUGCGGGUGCCGAGUACGUGGCCCGGGUGGUCCCUCCGGGCACCCACAAGUGGAGCAAGUUCAUCACACCCGAGGAGAUGGCCAUCAUGGCAGACUCCUGCGGGCUGCAGAUGUGGCAUGCAGCCGGCAUGGCGCCGCUGGGUCCCCACAUGUCCUGGACGCUCACGAACGACCUCUCCAUCAACUACAUCGCGACACUGCUGCGGCGGAGAAGCGAGCCGGAGAUGGGGGCUGAGCAGGAGGAGGGGGCUGGGGCGGGAGUGGGGGUAGCAGGGAUGGAGGUGCAGGAGCGGGAGCAGGAGGGAGGGCAGCAGCAGCAAGAGGCGCAGGUGGAGGUGGGGGAGCAGCUAGGAGAGACGCGAGAGGAGGAGAAGCAGCAUCAGGGGCAGGAGAAGAGGCAGUCGUAGGGGACUGGAGCGCAGCAAGGUUAGGAGUGGGGAGUGUAGGUGGAGGUCUCGGUCGUAUUGAUGGCGGGGCUUCGGAAGGAGGGAGGCAUGGAAUUUUGAUCAGCUGUGGAUUGGCCCUGUGCACGUAGAUGUUAGCUAGCUAGGUGUUGACUGAUAAC